AUGAUCGCUCACGCAAUUGCCUUGUUCAGUGUGGCUUUCUGCCUUAGUGGGUCAGCUGAAGCGUCCUUGGAGGCGCUUUGUCAAGGUGUCCGGUUCGCGACCUUUCCACACCCGACCGAGUGCCGGCAGUACGUGGUGUGCUUUCAAGGUCAAGCGAACCUUCAGCAGUGUCCUGCCGGAUACGUCUUCAACCCACUGGUGCUGUUUUGUGUGCUAGAGUCACAAUUCCAAUGCCCUCCGGUGACUACACCGACACCUGCGCCAGCGACCUCUACGGAAGCUCCCAACAGCAGCAGCAGCACUUCUGGAACUCUCGAGUGCGUCCACCGUCCAUCAUGGGAAUCGUUUUUCUGUCAAGACGCGCGGAGAACCUUCGUCGCCAAUCCCAUGAACUGCACGCAGUACAUCAACUGUCGAUCGGAUCCCCCGAGCAAUAGCCGAUGCACCGACGGAACUGUCUUCAGCGACGCGUAUCAGGAUUGCCUCCCAGGAGACGGUCAUCUUUGUUCGUUGGCCACCGUUAGCGACCAAUUCUGCGAGAACCGGACGGACGGAAGCUACGCUCAUCCAUCCCAGUGCAAUCGAUUUGUGAGCUGCGUGCGACAACAGGUGCGGCUCGAGACUUGUCCUCCAUUUUUCGUCUUCGAUCCAUUAGUGGCACAUUGUGUGAAAGGUAGUGCAGUCACAUGCUCGAGACUGCUGAAUCGUCAAUAAGUACCUACUAGUAGGGUUCGACAACCAGCACGCGGUCUGUUUCGUCUGCUUAUCGACGAUGCUGCAUUUCAAGAAGUUUGGCAAAUAAAUAUCAUGUC